GGCACGUCCGCAGGAGCCGGCGGGUGUCAAGGGUACCGAAGGGCACUUGUGCGAGUGGGAGCUCUGUCCCGCCGGCUCUCCGGGAGUCGCCCCCCUGCUGGGAGAAGACGGGGCUGCCCAGGCCGGGCUGGGCAGACGGGCCCGGCAGACGGGAGGAGGACCAUGGAGGACUCGGACCAAGGGCUGGAGGGGAGAGGGGAGGCCCCCCAGGAAGGCAGGAGGCGGCGGCGGCGGCGGAAGAAGGACAGGCAGCCGCUGAUCCCGAGCCACUAUCAGGGAUUAGUGACGUUCCAGGAUGUGGCUGUGGACUUCAGCAGGGAUGAAUGGAAACGCCUGGACGAUGCUCAGAAGGCUCUGUACAGAGACGUGAUGUUGGAAAACUACGAGAACCUGGUUUCCCUGGGGCUUCCUGUUUCCAAAGGGGAUGUGAUCUCCCUGUUGGAAAGAAGAGAAACUCCACGGAAGUCAAAGGAACGCGUUGCCAGAGCCCCUUGUCCAGAUUCCAUUAGUCAACAACCCAGGUUUGGAGCCAAGGUAACAGAUCGGAUGCAGGACAUUCACAUGAAGGCAUCAUCCAAGAAAAAACAACCAAAGGUUCUUCCUUUGCAUUCCAAGAUGACAGAUACUGGGAAAUGUGAUGUUAAUUUAGAGAAACAGAAGGGCAACCCAAAGAGACAACCCAGACAAAUAACAAUCACUCCCAGAAAAACUUUUAGUAAAGGGAGGGUACCUGUCAGAAGUUUUAGCUUGGGGUCAGUCUUUGUUCCACUGUGGAGAAGGAAAAGUCUCAAAAAAUGUGAGACACUUGGAACAAGCUCUGGGGAUUUUUCAGACCUAGAUAUAAAGAAGAACCUUUCUAAAUAUAACAAAUGUAGGAAGCCUUUCAGUUAUCACUCAGACCUAAUUAAAUUUCAUAGACUACAUGGUAGAGAAAAACUUUAUGAACAGAAUGAAUGUGGAAAAGCUUUUGGGAGACAAUCAAAUCUUGUUAGGAAAUCAGGCAAUCUUAUAAGACAGAAAUAUUACAAAUGUAACAAAUAUUGGAAAGCCUUUAACAGGAGGGGAGAACUGAUUUAUCAGAGAAUUCCUCCUGGAGUAAAAUUCUUUGAGUGUAAUGUGUGUGGGAAAGCCUUUAAGGAAAAAAAUAUGCUCAAAAACCAUCAAAGAAUUCAUACUGAAAAGAAACGUUUUAAAUGUAACAAAUGUAGGAAAAGCUUCAGCCAAAAAGAAAAUUUUAUUACCCAUAAGAAAACUCAUACUGAAAUGAAAUCCUUUGAAUGUAGUGACUGUGGGAAAAAUUUCACACGGAAGGAACACCUUGUUAGACAUCAUAAAAUUCAUACUGAAGUGAGAUCAUUUGAAUGUAAAGAAUGUGGGAAAGUCUUUGGUCAAAGGGGACACCUUACUAGCCACCAAAGAAUUCAUACUGGAGAGAAACCUUUCCUGUGUAGUGAAUGUGGGAAAACGUUCAUUGACUGUAAAGCUCUCAAAAGCCAUGAGAAAAGUCACAGUGAAGAGAAACCCUUUGAAUGUGAUAUAUGUAGGAAAGCCUUCGGUCAGAAGGGACAUCUGAUUUCUCAUCAGAGAACUCAUAUUACAGUGAGACCUUUUGAAUGUAAUAUAUGUAGGAAGUCCUUCAGUCAGAAGGCACACCUGGUUUCUCAUGAGAAAACUCAUAAAUGUAACGAAUGUGGGAAAAUUUUCAGUGAUAGUAAUGCGCUCAAAGAACAUCAGAGAACUCAUACUAGAGAGACACUCUUUGCAUGUGAUAAAUGUGACAAAGGCUUCAUACAGAAGUCACAACUUAUUAAACAUCAGAAAACUCACACUGGAGGUAAACCCUUUGAAUGUAAUGAAUGUGGGAAAGGCUUUCGUUCAAGGGAACACCUUAGUACACACCAGAAAACUCAUACGGGUGAAAAACCCUUUAAGUGUAGUGAAUGUGGGAAAGGCUUCAGCCAGAGGGAAAACCUUGUUAAACAUCAGACAACUCAUACUGGGGAGAAACCCUUUGAAUGUAAUGUUUGUAAGAAAGCCUUCAGGCAGAGAGCACACCUGUUAUCUCACGAGAGAACUCAUACUGGAGAGAAACCCUUUGAAUGUAAUGAGUGUGGGAGAGCCUUUGGUGAGAAGCGAAGCCUUAAUAGACAUGAGAAAACUCAUGCUGGGGUAAAACCCUUUACAUGUAAUGAAUGUAAGAAAACCUUCAGCCGAAGGACAGGCCUUAUUAUCCAUCAGAAAGUUCAUACUGGAGAGAAAGUUUUUGAUUGUAAUGUAUGUGGGAAAUCCUUCGGUCAGAAGAGAUUUCUAUUUUCUCAUAAGAGGUCUCAUGCUAGGGGAUUUAAAUGCAAUGAAUGUGGGGAAACCUUCACUAAGAAUGAUUUACUUGAGAGUCACCAGAGAAUUCAUGCUGGACAGAAACCCUUUCCAUGUGAUGAAUGUGAGAAAGGUUUCACAAGGAAGGCAUACCUUAUUAGACAUCAGAGAAUUCACACUGGAGAGAAACCAUUUAAAUGUAAUGAAUGUGGGAAAGGCUUUGUCCAGAAGGUACAUUUCAUUUAUCAUCAGAGAAUUCACACUAAAACAAAAAAUUUUGAAUGUAGUGAGUGUAAGAAAGCCUUUGGUGACAAGGUACUCCUUAGUAGACAUGAGAAAACUCAUUCUACAGUGAAACCUUUUAAAUGUAACGAAUGUAAGAGAGCCUUCAGCCAAAGGACAAGCCUUAUUAUUCAUCAGAGAUCUCAUACUGGAGAGAAACCCUUUCCAUGUAAUGAAUGCGGGAAAUUUUUCACCCAAAAGACAGUCCUUCUUACUCAUCAGAAAAUUCAUACUGGAGAGAAGCCCUUUACAUGCAAUGAAUGUGGAAAAGGCUUCAUCCAAAAGAUAGUCCUUAUUAACCAUCAGAGAACACAUACUGGAGAAAAACCUUUGCCUUCUGUUGAAAAAGGAGAAACGUCCAGUGAUAGUAAAAUACCCAAAAGCCAAGAGAAAACUCAACCUGGAGAGAAGCGCUUUUGUUGUGGCGAAUGUGGAAAAGGCUUCUGCUGGAGAGCAAACCUUAUCAGACACCGGAAAAUUCACACUGGGGAGAAACCCUUUGAAUGUAAUGAAUGUGGGAAAGCAUUCAUUGAGAAGAAUUAUCUUGUUGCCCAUCAGAGAAUUCAUACUGGAGAGAAACCCUAUGAAUGUAAUGAAUGUGGGAAAGCCUUCAGCCGAAGAACAAACCUUAUUACCCAUCAAAGAAUUCAUACUAAAGAGAAACCUUUCCCCUGUAAUGAAUGUGGAAAAGCCUUUUGUCGGGGUAAAGCCCUCAAAAAGCAUCAAAGAAUUCAUACUGGAGAGAAAUUCUUUGAAUGUAAUGUAUGCAAGAAGGGCUUCAAUCACAGGGGACACCUAGUUUCUCAUCAGAGAACUCACAAGAGAGGGAAACCUUUCUCAUGUGAUGAAUGUGGGAAAAUCUUUAGCCGAAGGACAGUCCUUGUCAGACAUCAGAAAACUCAUUCUGGAGAGAAACCUUUCUCGUGUAGUGAAUGUGGGAAAGCCUUUGGUGAAAGUGAAACCCUCAAAAGGCAUCGGAGAGUUCAUACUGGAGAGAAACCCUUUGAAUGUAAUAUAUGUAAGAAAGCCUUUAGUCAGAAGGGACACCUGCUCUCUCAUCAAAAAACUCAUACAACAGUGAAACUCCUUGAAUCUAAUGAAGGGGGCAAAACCUUCAGUGAGAAGGAUCAUCUUACUAUCCAUCAGAAAACUCAUACUGGAGAAAAACCUUUCAAAUGUCUUGAAUGUGGGGAAACCUUCAAUGAGAAUGAGGCCCUCAAAAAGCAUCAGAGAACUCAUAGUGGAGAGAAACCCUUUGAAUGUAAUGUAUGUAAGAAAACCUUUAGUCAGAAGGGACACCUGCUUUCUCAUCAAAAAACUCACACUGCAGUGAAACUCCUUGAAUCUAAUGAAGGGGGGAAAACCUUCAGUGAGAAGGAUCAUCUUACUAUCCAUCAGAAAACUCAUACUGGAGAAAAACCUUUCAAAUGUCUUGAAUGUGGGGAAACCUUCAAUGAGAAUGAGGCCCUCAAAAAGCAUCAGAGAACUCAUAGUGGAGAGAAACCCUUUGAAUGUAAUGUAUGUAAGAAAACCUUUAGUCAGAAGGGACACCUGCUUUCUCAUAAAAAAACUCACACUGCAGUGAAACUCCUUGAAUCUAAUGAAGGGGGGAAAACCUUCAGUGAGAAGGAUCAUCUUACUAUCCAUCAGAAAACUCAUACUGGAGAAAAACCUUUCAAAUGUCUUGAAUGUGGGGAAACCUUCAAUGAGAAUGAGGCCCUCAAAAAGCAUCAGAUAACUCAUAGUGGAGAGAAACCCUUUGAAUGUAAUGUAUGUAAGAAAACCUUUAGUCAGAAGGGACACCUGCUUUCUCAUCAAAAAACUCACACUGCGGUGAAACUCCUUGAAUCUAAUGAAGGGGGAAAAACCUUCAGUGAGAAGAAUCAUCUUACUAUCCAUCAGAGAACUCAUACUGGAGAAAAACCUUUCAAAUGUCUUGAAUGUGGGGAAACCUUCAACGAGAAUGAGGCCCUCAAAAAGCAUCAGAGAACUCAUAGUGGAGAGAAAUCCUUUGAAUGUAAUGUAUGUAAGAAAACCUUUAGUCAGAAGGGACACCUCCUUUCUCAUCAAAAAACUCACACUGCGGUGAAACUCCUUGAAUCUAAUGAAGAGGGGAAAACCUUCAGUGAGAAGGAUCAUCUUACUAUCCAUCAGAGAACUCAUACUGGAGAAAAACCCUUCAAAUGUCUUGAAUGUGGGGAAACCUUCAAUGAGAAUGAGGCCCUCAAAAAGCAUCAGAGAACUCAUAGUGGAGAGAAACCCUUUGAAUGCAACAUAUGUAAGAAAGCCUUUAGUCAGAAAGGACACCUGAUUUCUCAUCAAAAAACUCAUACUGUAGUGAAACUCUUUGACUUCAAGGAAUCUGGGGAAACCUUCAGUGAGAAGGAUCAUCUUGUUACCCAUCAGAGAACCCAAACUGGGGGAAAAUCUUUCAAAUGUCUUGAAUGUGGGGAAACCUUCAGUGAGAAUGAAGCCCUCAAAAAACAUCAGAGGACUCACAGUAGAGAGAAAUGUUUCAUAUGUCUUGAAUGUGGAGAAGCCUUCAGUGAGAGUGAGGCCCUCAAAAAGCAUCAGAAAAUUCAUAGUGGAGAGAAAUCCUUUGAAUGCAAUGUAUGUAAGAAAACCUUUAGUCAGAAGGGACACCUGAUUUCUCAUCAAAAAACUCACACUGUAGUGAAACUCUUUGAAUGUAAGGAAUCUGAGAAAACCUUCAGUGAGAAGGAUCAUCUCAUUACCCAUCAGUGUACCCAUACUGGGGUAAAACCUUUCAUAUGUCUUGAAUGUGAGGAAGCCUUCAGUGAGAGUGAGGCCCUCAAAAAGCAUCAGAGAACUCAUACUGGAGAGAAACCCUUUGAAUGUAAUGUAUGUAAGAAAGCCUUUAGUCAGAAAGGACACCUGAUUUCUCAUCAAAAAAUUCAUACUGCAGUAAAACUCUUUGACUGUAAGGAAUCUGAGAAAACCUUCAGUGAGAAGGAUCAUCUUAUCCAUCAGAGAACCCAUACUGCAGGAAAAUCUUUCACAUGUCUUGAAUGUGGGGAAACCUUCAGUGAGAAUGAGACCCUCAAAAAGCAUCAGAGAACUCAUAGUAAAGAGAAGUGUUUCAUAUGUCUUGAAUGUGGAGAAGCCUUCAGUGAGAGCGAGGCCCUAAAAAAGCAUCAGAAAAUUCAUACUGGAGAGAAAUCCUUUGAAUGUAAUGUAUGUAAGAAAACCUUUAGUCAGAAGGGACACCUGAUUUCUCAUCAAAAAACUCAUACUGCAGUGAAACUCUUUGAAUGUAAGGAAUCUGAGAAAAUCUUCAGUGAUAAGGAUCAUUUCAUUACCCAUCAGAGAACCCAUACUGGGGUAAAACCUUUCAUAUGUCUUGAAUGUGGGGAAACCUUCAGUGAGAGUGAGGCCUUCAAAAAGCAUCUGAAAAUUCAUACUGGAGAGAAAUCCUUUGAAUGCAAUGUAUGUAAGAAAACCUUUAGUCAGAAGGGACACCUGAUUUCUCAUCAAAAAACUCAUACUGUAGUGAAACUCUUUGAAUGUAAGGAAUCUGAGAAAACCUUCAGUGAGAAGGAUCAUCUCAUUACCCAUCAGGGAACCCAUACUGUGGGAAAACCUUUCACAUGUCUUGAAUGUGAGGAAGCCUUUAGUGAGAGUGAGGCCCUCAAAAAGCAUCAGAGAACUCAUACUGGAGCAAAAUCUUUCAUAUGUCUUGAAUGUGGGGAAACCUUUGGUGAGAGUGAGGCCCUCAAAAAGCAUCAGAAAGUUCAUAUUGGAGAGAAAUCCUUUGAAUGUAAUAUAUGUAAGAAAGCCUUUAGUCAGAAAGGACACCUGAUUUCUCAUCAAAAAACUCAUACUGUAGUGAAACUCUUUGACUGCAAAGAAUCUGGGGAAACCUUCAGUGGGAAGGAUCAUCUUGUUACCCAUCAGAGAACCCAAACUGGGGGAAAAUCUUUCACAUGUCUUGAAUGUGGGGAAGCUUUCAGUGAAAAUGAGACCUUCAAAAAGCAUCAGAGAACUCAUAGUGGAGAGAAAUCUUUCACAUGUCUUGAAUGUGGGGAAGCCUUCAGCGAGAGUGAGGCCCUUAAAAAGCACCAGAAAGUUCAUAUUGGAGAAAAACCCUUUGAAUGUAAUGUAUGUAAGAAAACCUUUAGUCAGAAGGGACACCUGAUUUCUCAUCAAAAAACUCAUACUGCAGUGAAACUCUUUGAAUGUAAAGAAUCUGAGAAAACCUUCAGUGAGGAGGAUCAUUUUGUUACCCAUCAGAGAACCCAUACUGGGGUAAAACCUUUCAUAUGUCUUGAAUGUGGGGAAGCCUUCAGUGAGAGUGAGGCCUUCAAAAAGCAUCAGAGAACUCAUACUGGAGAGAAAUCCUUUAAAUGUAAUGUAUGUAAAAAAGCCUUUAGCCAGAAGGAACACCUGAUUUCUCAUCAAAAAACUCAUACUGUAGUGAAGCUCUUUGACUGUAAGGAAUCCGAGAAAACCUUCAAUGAGAAGGAUCAUCUCGUUCCUCAUCAGAGAACCCAUACUGAGGGUAUACCUUUCAAAUGUCUUGAAUGUGAAGAAACCUUCAGUGAGAGUGAGGCCCUCAAAAAGCAUCAGAAAAUUCAUACUGGAGAGAAACUCUUUAAAUGUAAUGUACGUGAGAAAGUUUUUAGUCAGAAGGGACACCUGAUUUCUCAUCAAAAACCUCAUACUGCAGUGAAACUCUUUGAACAUAAUGAAUGUGAGAAGACCUUCAGUGAGAAAGAUCAUAUUAUUACCCAUCAGAGAACCCAUACUGAGGGUAUACCGUUCACAUGUCUUCAAUGUGAGGAAACCUUCAGUGAGAAUGAGGCCCUCAAAAAGCAUCAGAAAAUUCAUUCUGGAGAGAAACCCUUUGAAUGUAAUGUACGAAAGAAAGCCUUUAGUGAGAAGGGACACCUGAUUUCUCAUCAAAAACCUCAUACUGCAGUGAAACUCUUUCAACAUAAUGAAUGUGAGAAGACCUUCAGUGAGAAAGAUCAUCUUAUUACCCAUCAGAGAACUCAUACUGAGGGUAUACCUUUCACAUGUCUUGAAUGUGAGGAAACCUUCAGUGAGAAUGAUGCCCUCAAAAAACAUCAGAAAAUUCAUUCUGGAGAGAUAUCCUUUAAAUGUAACGUAUGUAAAAAAGCCUUUAGUCAAAGGGGACACUUGAUUUCUCAUCAAAAAACUCAUACUGUGGUGAAACUCUUUGAAUGUAAUGAAUGUGGGAAAACUUUCAGUGAGAAGGAUAGUCUUAUUACUCAUCAGAGAACUCAUAGUGGAGAGAAAUCUUUCAUAUGUAAUGAAUGUGGGAAAGCCUUCAAUGAGAGUGAAGCCCUCAAAAAACAUCAGAAAACUCAUACAGGAGAGAAAUCCUUUGACUGUAAUCAAUGUGGGAAAUCCUUUGGUGAAAAGGAACACCUUAUUACACACCAGAAAACCCAUACUAGAGAGAAAGCCUUUGAGUGUAGUGAAUGUGGGAAAAGCUUCAGCAGGAGGGAAAAUCUUGUUAGACAUCAGAUAAUUCAUGCUGGGGAGAAAUCUUUUGAACGUAAUAAAUACAGGAAAUCUUUCAGCCAGAGGAUGCACUUCAUUUAUCAUCAAGGAAUUCAUACUGGAAAGAAACCUUUUGAAUGUAGUGAAUGUGGGAAAGCCUUUAGUGAGAAGCGAACCCUUAAUAGACAUCAGAAAACUCAUACUGGAGUGAAACCCUUUAAGUGUAAUGAAUGUAAGAAAGCCUUCAGCCGAAGAACAAUCCUUAUUAUCCAUCAGAGAACUCAUACUGGAGUGAAACCUUUUAUAUGUAAUGAAUGUGGCAAAGCCUUCAGCCAAACAGGACAUGUCAUCCGACACCAGAGAACUCAUACUGGAAUGAAACCCUUUGAAUGCAAUGAGUGUGGGAAAUCUUUCAGUGAGAAGGAUCACCUUAUUACCCAUCAGAGAUCUCAUACUGGAGAGAAACCCUUUGCAUGUAAUGAAUGUGGAAAAGCCUUCAGCCGAAGGACAAUCCUUAUUACCCAUCAGAGAACACAUACUGGAGUGAAACCCUUUGAAUGUAAUGAAUGUAGGAAAACUUUCAGCCAACGGGGACACCUCAUUUAUCAUCAGAGAAUUCAUACUGGAGAGAAGCCCUUUGAAUGUAAUGAAUGUGGAAAAGCUUUCAGCUGGAGAGCAAACCUGCUUACUCAUCGUAGAACUCAUACUGAAGUGAAACCCUUUGCAUGUAAAGAAUGUGGGAAAACCUUCAUUGAGAGGCAAACCCUAUAUAGACAUAAAAGAAUUCAUACUUCAACAAAAUCCUGUUCAAUGUAAUGAAUAUGGGUAGGCUUUUGGUGAGUCAGACCAUCAUCAGAAGAGAAAGAAGACAAAACUGAUACCCUUUAAUUUGUCAUUAUAUACAGGAAAGCUUUUAGUGAGAACAAAGUACCAAAAAACUGCCAAAGAUCUCAUACUGGAGAGAAAGGGUGCUGUUCCAGCUAGAGUGACAGUUGUUAGCACACAUGACAGGAUGGUCUGGUUGAAAGCUGACUACAUAUAUUAUCCUAGUGCAGUUUGCCCUUAUUCACCAGUACAGACUUCUAUCUGCCUUUCCCAUUUCAACCUAUCUGCUGACCUCCAAUUCACAUUUCCAACUGCCUUUCAACACCUCAAACUGGACUCCAAUUGACAUCUUAAAUAUCUCUAACAUACAAUUCAUCUUUCCCCCUCCCCCCUUCCCCUUCUACCUUACUUAUCCAUCCACCCAUGUCCCGGGCUCAUAACCUAGGAGUCAUUUUGAACUCGCUCUUUCCCCACCAUCCUCAUAUCCCAAUCUAUUGCCAAGGCCUUUUGAUUUCACUUCUACAGCAUCUCAUAUAGGCCCACUUCUCAUCACCUCACACUUGGACUCUUGCAGCAGCCUGCUGGUGGGUCUGCCUGCCCCAAGUCUCUCCCCAUUACAAUCUAUCCUUCCUUCAACCAUCAAAGUGAUUUUCCAAAAGUGACGGUCUGCCUAUGUCACUUCUCUACUCAAUAAACUCCAGUGGCACCUGUUGCUUCUAGGAUCAAAUACAAAAUGCUCUGUUUGGGAUUCAAGUCCUUCAUAAGCUAGCCCCCUUCUGCUAUUUCAGUCUUCUUAAACUUCACUCACCACUGUGUACUCUUUGAUCCAGUGACACUGGUCUCUUGGCUGUCUCAUGAACAAUACAUUCCCAUCUCUCAGGCAUUUCCUCUGACUGUCCCCCAUGCUUGGAAUGUCCUCCCUCCUCCACUCCAACUGCUGGAUUCCCUUAAGUCCCAACUAAAAUCCCUCCUUUUACAAGAAGCCUUCUCCAACUCCUCUUAAUUCUAGUGC